GAGACGAGACGGGAUUGGCAGAGAGGGGUGGAGGACACUGAGUGGAGACCAGUGGAGGGAUUGGCAGAGGGGGUGGAGGCCAGUGGAGGGAUUGGCAGAGAGGGGUGGAGGACACUGAAUGGAGGCCAGUGCAGGGAUUGGCAGAGAGGGGUGGAGGACACUGAAUGGAGGCCAGUGGAGGGAUUGGCAGAGGAGGGUGGAGGACACUGAAUGGAGGCCAGUGGAGGGAUUGGCAGAGGGGGGUGGAGGACACUGAGUGGAGGCCA